AUGGACCGUUACGGUAGAGUCCCUACUGCUGAGGAGUUCCAAUUUCUACAAGAUCGCUUUCAUUUGUUACCGGAGCAUGGUGUAAUGAUUCCGAAAAAGGGAGUAUCGAUCUACGAUCAUCCUCCAGGGAAAGUUGCGGUUCCCAUUCCUUUGUUCGAGCAAAGGCAAUGGCUUUGGGUCGAACAAAACCCCAUGGGGCAUGGGUAUCAUUGGAAACUAGACUUUUUCGACCAUAUCCCCAAGUUGUUUGGGAACAAUCUGGCUCUCGUUAGUCAGCUAAGGAGUUUUACUGUCCUCGGAGAAAACUGGGAAGACUUUAUUCUUGUUGCGGCCGGUAUGAGUUCCGCUUGGAGGGCUUGUAGGAACACGACACAAAUGUUCUUCCUGAGAUACGGUGCGAAGGCCGAGAUUUCUUUAGAGAUGGACCUGCGUGGUCACUAUCAGGGAAAUAUUUUCCAUUGGGAGAUCGAUUUCAUAGAGGUUCUUCCUCCUCUUUUGUCUGAAAUGUGUAUACGGGAGCUUGCUGGGCUGCUCUUGAUAGUAAGGCGAAAUGUGGGUUCCAACGGGCCUGCGUCACCUUCUCAGCUAACCAUUGUGGCUGUUUCUCCAAAUCAUUCGCCAGUUGCUAUUCCCUCUAGUUCGCAUGCAGGUGUACAAGAAGGAAGAAGUUAUGCGCUUACUUGGAAAAGGCGAAGCUUGCUUCUGGUGCCGUCAUCGGAUGAAGUGAUAGAAUUUGAUGAUGUGGGUCUUCAUCCUCGUAAAGCUCGUAAGACUGUGUCUGUGGCUAGGUUCCUUAGUGGUAUCGGGGAUAUUCUCAACGGUUAA